GUGAGCGACUGUUAUUGCAGUCUUUAUUUGGAGACAAACCAACUUAUAAUUAAACCUUAUUUGUCAAGUUGUUGUUGCAUUUUCCAUACUAACAUUUCUCAACAACACACAGUUAAAUCUUAAUCUCCUUUCAAAGUGGAAUUUUACCAUUUUUUGACGAGUUAGGUAGUGAGUAUAUUACAUCAUGUUAGCCUAGCUUAGCUUAGCUUAGCCUUCCAGUGGAGUGGCAUUAUUGUCUUUUAGGGGAUGUGUCAUGACAAGGAACGAGCUUGUUCCGGUUACAAAAUGCUGCUAGGGUGACUACCGGAAUAUCUCUCAUGUUUUUGUUGUUGUAAACCGCCGCUGGUUGCAUAGGUUUUGUCAGAAACUUGGGCUGCCUCCGAAGGGUUCCCAACAUGUUGAACAUUCCGACCCAGUCCUUCCCUGCGCCGAGCUCCCAGCAGAGGGUCGCUCCGUCCGGCCAGGCCGGCAGGAACAAGGUGGCUUUGAAGCCAGGCCAUAGUCUGAUGGACUGGAUUCGGUUUGCCAAGAGUGGAAAGGAUCUCACAGGACUCAGAGGACGUCUGAUCGAGGUGACCCAGGAAGAGCUUCAGAAACAUAACACAAGAGAUGACUGCUGGACCUGCAUACGAGGUAUGGUUUACAAUGUGACCCCAUAUAUGGACUACCACCCUGGUGGAGAGGAGGAGCUGAUGAAGGCCGCAGGAAUAGAUGGUACCGACCUCUUUGACCAGGUCCAUCGUUGGGUCAACUAUGAGUCCAUGUUAAAAGAGUGCCUGGUGGGCAGAAUGGCGACGAAGGCUCCAACAGCUGUUAAAGCCAUCAUCCCUUCAUCACCUCCAGGCCUCGCUCCACCUGCCUCAGCGGCUCCUCCACCAAACAAAGAUUCCCGGCCUCGGUUUGACUGGUUCCAGACUGAAGCUGCUGUUCAUCUGGUGGUUUACACCAAAAGAAAGAUCCCCGGCUCCGGCUGUGCGACCGUUGACCUGCAGGCAGGUGUACUUCGGGUGGAAGUGCUGCUGGGCAAAAUGUCGUACAUGAUACAUCUAGGUCUCGCUGAAGAAGUUGAAGGAAACGUUUCUGUCCACACUGCUUCCUCAGUGGGAAAGAUCCAGAUCAGCAUUCGGAAGCAGACUAAAGGAAAAUGGACAAGUCUCGGUCAGCCGCGGGAAUUCCACAACACCUUUCUAUGCAAAAAAGACCGAGCCGUCUUCUAUCGAGAUUGUGUGUUGGUAUCAAAGACCGAGGUGACCCAUAACACCCAUGUGUUCAGACUGCAGGUUCCACAUGGGACGGUCAUGCAUGUGCCUGUUGGAAAACACGUCUACCUCAAAGCCCAAAUUCAAGACACUGAGGUAGUGCGGCCGUACACUCCAGUCAAUCAAAGCCUGGUAGCCGCUCCCCACCCCCCCUCACAGGACUCAGACCUCUACCUCAUGAUCAAGGUUUACCCUGAUGGAGUUUUCACCCCAUAUCUCAACAGUCUGCAUGUCGGUGACCACAUAUCUGUCAGUGGUCCGGAGGGAGCUUUCAGUCUCCGCCCACUGCGUGAUGUCACAAAUCUCUACCUAUUAGCUGCAGGAACAGGGUUCACGCCCAUGGCUCGCCUCAUCACUCUGGCCCUUCAGGACUUUGACACCAUCAGACAAACAAAGCUGCUGUUCUUCAACCGACGAGAGGAGGACAUCCUUUGGCAGCAUGAACUGGAAGAACUGGCAGCUGAUGAACGGUUUCAGGUAGAGAAUGUCCUCUCCGAGCCCUCUGAUAGCUGGACUGGCCGGAAGGGUCGAGUGGACGAGGCCUUGCUGAACGAGGUCCUCACCAGGCCGGACGGGUCCAAAUGCUUGGUCUGUGUUUGUGGCCCUGCAGCCUUUACAAAGAUCACCAUGGGGUUGCUGAAGCAGCUGGGCUUUAGUGAAGAGGAGCUCCACGCCUUCCAGGGAUGAAGAGUUCCUCCUCAAACUGACUCCACUCCUGCAGAGACUGAGUGCCUGGAGCCGAAGCACAGAGAGGAUUUUAACCUUUAGACUUUUAUGUAUUUCUAUGCACCAAGAACACGAUGAUGCUAACAGCACUCAGACAAUCCAUCCCAGGGUUUCACAGUGCAGCCAGAUUUUCAUGUUUCUGGACAGUUUAUUCAAACCUGUGAGAUGUUAAGGUGUGUGAAAUAAAAGCAGUAAAAUAUCCAUAGAGAACCAAUGAGAGCGAGUCUCAGCGGGACUCAGACGUUCGGUCAUCAGGUCAUUCAGAUGUAGGAUCAGAACCAGAGGCCUCAUUUAUCAAGCUGGCGUAGGAACAAAACCCGGCCAAAAAUACACCAAAAAUAGUCAACUUUUGGGAUUUAUAAAAACAAAACUUGUCGGAAAAAUGUUCCUUCCUCCAGGCAACUCUGACCCAGGCGUACGCACAAAAUCUGGGAAAAUGGGAAACGGCGACACCAACGGUCCAUGAUGGUCAAAAUAAUGAUGUGAAAUGUGAGACAUUUGUACAUAAUCCACUAUGACCUUUCACACCACAUAUUAAUUCUCCACCAGAUAAAGUCUCAGAUUUACAUGGAAACGUCAAGCUGCUCAGUCUGAUCAAUAAUUCCUUCAUACAGCACCGAUUCACCAGUCAUCCCAGCUUUACAGACGCAGUUCAGUUCAUUCUAGUCCAGUUCAAACAAAUCCAGUGUCCACAUUAAACCAGGUUAUAAUAACUGUGUUCUUAUGAAGCAGGGAGCAAAUCAGUUCAAACUAAAUGAAUCUUUAUUUAUAGAACACUUCACAUACCAAGAGGUACCAAGAGUGCUGCACAGGUAAAAUAAUACAUAAAAACAACAACAAAAAACAAUAAAAAAGAAAGGAAAACCUCCAUCAGGACCAGAACCGGAAAAAAAAACCUCCAUCAGGACCAGAACCGGAAAAAAAACCUCCAUCAG